AUGAAACUCACCGCAGUCGUUCCCUACCUCAUCUACGCCUUCCUCCCCUCCGCCCUCGCCGGCGACCGGAUCCUCCAGUCGUCCUCGCUCAACAACUGCCAAAAGGACUCGGACUUUGAAGCCAGCCUGUUCAACAUUGUCGUGUCGGCCAACAAUGGCUCCGUCACGGCCAACGUCGCCGCCGUCGUCUCCGUCGAGGGCAAGGCCGUCUUCGACGUGGCGCUCCGCAUCUACGGCUACGAGUACCUGCGCAUGACCAUCGACCCGUGCACCUCCAACCUCCAGGGCCUGUGCCCGAUGAAGCCCGGCAAGAUCGACAUGGAGUUCUCGUUCGAGAUCGGCGACAAGCUCGACGCCGUGCCCGGCAUCGCCUACACCAUCCCCGACCUCGACGCCACCAUCCGCGCCAUCGUCAACCUCACCGACACGAACCAGACCGUCGCCUGCGUCGAGGCCGACUUCUCCAACGGCAAGACGGUCGACCUCGUCGGCGUCAAAUGGGCCACCGCCGUCAUCGCCGGCCUCGGCCUCGGCUCCGCCGGCAUCAUCUCCGCCAUGGGCCACUCGGACGCCGCCGCCCACCUCGCCGCCAACGCCCUCUCGCUCUUCGGCUACUUCCAGGCCCAGGCCUUCCUAGGCCUCAGCGGCGUCGACAUGCCCCCCAUCGUCCAGGGCUGGACCCAGAACUUCCAGUGGUCCAUGGGCAUCGUGCACCUCGGCUGGAUGCAGACGCUGUGCACCUGGUACCAGCGCUCCACCGGCGGCACGGCCUCGCGCCUGCUCGACACGGUCAGCAGCGUCUCGGUCCAGGUCUCGAAGCGCUCCGUCGACCUGGUCCACGGCUCCGUCAAGCGCGGCCUCGGCGCUCUCGCCAAGCGCGCCAACAUCAAGCUCGAGAACGGCUCCUACCUCGUCUACGGCAUCCAGCGCGUCGCGUUCAAGGCCCGCAUCGAGACGACGAACCUCUUCCUCACCGGCCUCAUCGUCUACUGCGCCUUCGUACUCUUCACCGUCCUCGGCGUCGCCGCCUUCCGCUACGGCACCGAGAUCGCCGCCAAGAACAACUGGACCAAGCGCGACCGCUUCGUCGAGUUCCGCCGCGACUGGAAGACGACGCUCAAGGGCAUCCUGUUCCGCCUCUGCCUCAUCGGCUUCCCCCAGAUCGCCGUCCUGUGCCUCUGGGAGUUUGUCCAGGCCGACUCGCCCGCCCUCAUCGUCCUCGCCGUCGUUUUCUUCUUCGGCACCCUCUUCACCCUCUUCUGGGCCUCCUUCAAGGUCAUCCGCAUCGCCAAGCAGUCCAUCCUCACCCACCAGAACCCCGCCCACGUCCUCUUCUCCAACCCCGCCAUCAUCAACAAGUGGGGCUUCCUCUACGUCCAGUACCGCGCCUCCGCCUACUACUUCAUCAUCCCCUUCAUCGCCUACGUCUUCCUCAAGGCCGCCGUCGGCCUCCUCGACCUCGACGAGGACGACUCGAACCGCCGCGAGUCGCUGCGUUUCGGAGAAAAGGCCAUCGAGGGCGGCAUGGGCAACGCCCCCUACCGGCCGCCCUCCCCACCCUCCGGCGACAACCACGAGCUCUCGGUCCUCCCGUCGGCCGGCACCCGCCCCGCCAUCAGCCCCUCCGUGCCCAUGUUCCCCGCGGACCCGUCCAUACGGCCCCGCACGCCCGUCACGCCACACUCCCAGCCCGGGAACGACUUUCCGCCGACAAGUCCCUUUGCCAACCACCAAAAUAUGCACGAGUUCCGGUUGCAAAACAACAACAGUCCAUGGCAGCGCGGCGCUGGGUACGACCACUAA